GUCACCCCGCGUCCUUCCUUCCCGCUGCACCCUACGACACGCUAUACUUACGCCGGUUUCGUCUGCUUUCAGCAUCGAAGCUACGACCAUGAGGAGACGGGACCCCGACAACGCAGCGACAGUCGCCGCGGCGACGGUCGCCGCGCGGGACGACGAGCGAGCGGACGAGCUAGGGAGGCGGGAACUCGCGGCGACGGUCGAGCGGAGGCUGAGGAGCGUCGUCGUGCCGACGGAACCCCUCGUCAUGUACCUGCAGAGUGCGCUGGCGUGGGAGAGCCCUCGCCGCGGCGCCGCCGCCCUCGUUCUAUUCCACGUCGCGUUCUGGGUCGCGACGUCGUGUCGUUACCGCUUCUACUUCCUCGUGGCGGCGUGCGCGGCGGCGGCGGUCUUCGUCGAGGCGUGGAGGAACCGCAUCUGGCCUGAGAUCCGGGUCCCUCGUCCCGCGAGCGAGGAGGAGGAGGAGGGGUGGACGCCCGUGCAUCCGCGGCUGCCCGGUGGUCCGGAGUUGUGUCGGCUCGCGGGGGAGGCAGCAGCGGAUGCUUACGCCCGCCUCGCGAAGCUGCGCAGGCUGCGUCGCGACCGGCCGCUCAUCUUCUGCGCGCUCGCGUCGUCGGCGUGCAUCGCCGCGGCGACGGUCGGGGCGCGCNCGUGCUCGCCCGCGCGCGUGGACGCCUCGCCGCGCUCGCCCCCGCGUCGUCGCCGCGCGGAGGAGGCAGAGUUUGCGGCGGGCCUCGGAGAGUUCCCGUCGAUCCGGGAUGACGACGUCGAGUUCACGACCUCUGAUGACUUUGCUCUGUCGACGCGUCCGCCGUCGAUGCAGGAAGCGGCGGAGGAGGAGGCAGAGGGCGCCGCGAUCGCCGGCAUGGAGUUCGUCUCUUCUCACUUCGAAGGAAAUGACAAAUUCCUAGAGGAAAUAAAGGUAGAGAAGAUAAAUUAA